AUGUCACGACUUUCUAGCUAUCACAUCAUGAUAAUCUCAAGGUACUUUGCCACUAUCAAAGACUUUGUUAACUUGGAAUUAGUAUGCAAAAAGUUUGGUGGUAAUAUGGAAAAGUUCCAUUUCAAUCCGAUUCUGUUGGAUUUUAAAACACUUAGAUACUUCCCAAACAUUGAGACACUUCAUUUAUGGAAUGAAGAAGAUAAGAAUUUUGGUUAUGGAUUUCUGAUCAACACAAAAAACGAAGAAAAUGAAAAUGAUGAAAAUGAUGAAAAUGAUGAAAAUGAUGAAAAUGAUGAAAAUGAUGAAAAUGAUGAAAAUGAUGAAAAUGAUGAAAAUGAUGAAAAUGAUGAAAAUAAAGAAGAUAAAGAAGAUGAUAAAGCUGUUUUCAAGAAAGAGUUCUUUCGAAUCAUUGUGUGGUUCAAUGUUGACUUUGAAACUGUUGACAAAUACAAUAAUGGAAAUAUAGAGUUUAAAAAUGUUACUUACACUGAACAUGAUAGAAAUUUAUUUGGUAAUAACAUACCAUUGAGUGUUAAAUCUAUUGCCGAUGAUUGUUACUGUGGAUGCAGACGUCUGACUAGUUUUAACAUACCAUCAAAUGUUGAAAAAUUGGUGAUUGUUGUUUUAUGA